CGCGUCGCGUCGCCGGCGGCGGAGGAGGUCUACGGCUUCGGCAUGACCUACAGCCGCUGGAACUUGAAGAACCUGACGUUCCCCGUGAUCGCGUCGGAGCAGGGCGUCGGCCGCGGGCUGGAGCCCGUCACGACCGCGAUCAACGCGUUCGGCGGCGAGCAGGGCGGCGACUGGCACACGACCUACAGCGCGUGCUCGUCCUACGUGACGUCCCUGGGCCGGGGCCUCGUCGUGGACUCGACGCGCGUCGGCGUCGUCGACCUCGGCGCCGCCGGCGGCGCGGCGCUGGAGCUGAGCUACUUCGGGGCGGCGGCGCUCGAGGGCGCGAUCCUCGUCGCCGCGGACGCGGCCGGCCCCCGGCGGCUCUUGGCCGUCGUCGCGGCGCUGAGCAACGUCACGGGCCGCAUGGCGCCCCUGCCGGCCUGGGUCGACCGCGGCGCCAUCGUCGGCACCGAGGGCGGCUCGGCGUUCGUCGACGACGUCGUCGCGAACCUGACGGCGUUCAACGUCCCCCUCGCGGGGAUCUGGCUCCAGGACUGGACGGGCCUCGUCAACUACACGGAGGGCCAGCGCGUGCUCUGGAACUGGGAGCUGUCGGAGACCUGGUACCCGGACUGGCGGCGGCAGACGCGGCGCUGGCGCGAGGCGCUCGGCGCGCGCGUCCUCGCGUACGCGAACCCCUACUUCACGAACGUGAGCCAUUUGCCGCACCGCCGCGACUACUACGCCGAGGGCGUCGACCGCGGCUACUUCGUGAAGACGCGCGGCGGCGCGCCCUACGUCGUCCGGUCGGGGUCCAUCGAGUUCUGCAUGGUCGACCUGACGAACCCGGCGGCGAAGCGGUGGAUGACCGGGGUACUGCGCGACAACCUCGUCGGCGAGGCGGGCGCGGCGGGCUGGAUGCACGACUUCGGGGAAUACGUGCCUUUGGACGCGGUCUUGCACGACGGCUCCGACCCCGUGGAGUACCACUCGCGCUACGCGCUGGACUGGGCGGACGUCGGCCGCGCGGCCGCGGGCGGCGACGGCGACCUGCUCUGGUUCGACCGGUCGGCGACGUCCCGGUCGCCUGGCGCGGCGCGCCUCAUGUGGAUGGGCGACCAGCUCCACACGCUCGACGAGAAGGACGGGCUGCACAGCGCCGUCGUCGCCCUGCUCCAGAGCGGCCUCAGCGGCUUUUCGCUCGGCCACAGCGACGUGGGGGGCUACACGACGGUCGACGUGCCCUUGGCGCGGUUCCCGCGGAGCGCGGCGGUGCUCAUGCGCUGGGCGGAGAGCAGCGCCUUCUCCGACGCCGUGUUCCGCACGCACCCGGGCUCGCUGCCGCGCGAGAACGUCCAGGUCUACUCGGACGCGGCCGUCGGCGCGCACUUCCGCCGCUUCGCGGACAUUUUUCGAUGCCUCUCGCCCUACCGCCGGUCGCUCAUGGACGAGGCGGCGCGCCUCGGGCAUCCGCUCGCGCGGCCCCUGCUCCUCCACGACGCGGACGACGCCGCCGCGCGCGCCGUCGACGACGAGUUCCUCCUCGGCGACGAGCUGCUCGCCGCGCCGGCCUUCUCGGAAUCGGCGAACGCGACGCGCGACAUCUACCUCCCCGCGGGCGCCGUCUGGGUCCACCUCUGGACC